AUGGGCGACACUGCCUCUACCGUCGGGACGCUCAUCGUUCCGGCCAUCGUCGGACUCGUCGUCUUCCUCACCCUCACCUACAUCCUCCUCCCUGCAUGGCGCCGCUACUCCUCCCGCUACUCCCAGUACCUUCCCAUCAACUCCUUCUCGGAGCACACAUCGUCCUUCCGCGACCGGCUCACCACCCGCCUCCUGUCCAUCGCCAACCGUCGCGAGGAACAGGCGUUUGCCGCCCGAGGCCUAUCCAACGUCAACAUAGACCACAGCGACGAGCAGAUCGACGACGGGGAAGAGCUGGGCGACGUUGACGGCCAGAUGCGCCUCGCCAGCCAUGGACAGAGUGGUGACGGCACCACCGCCGAUGAUCAAUAUACCAAUACGCGGAGAUUGAGCAGAGAGUGA